UUGUAUAACGAUCCGAUAUUUUACAACACAAGUAACUGGGCUCUGAAGGAUACAGGUAACCAACCGAGACGAUACGUUCACCGACCUAGCGCCGCAUCAGAAAUGAGUUUUUCUCAAGGCGGUAGUAGUUUAACAACUAGUAGCUCCACUGUGGCUACAGCGAACAACGCUAGUGGCAAGCAAGCUCAAGCCCAGUCACAGACAGCACAAUCCUCAGAGAAGAAACGGACACCAAAAUGCGCGCGGUGCCGAAAUCAUGGUUUUGAUUCAAUCUUGAAAGGUCAUAAGGGCUUUUGCCGGUGGAGGGAUUGUCUAUGCCCAAAAUGUCUCCUCAUUGCUGAACGACAGCGAGUUCUAGCAGCCCAAGUUGCGCUUCGCCGUCAACAGAUGCAAGAGCAACGCAGUCCAUUGCCUCCGGGAGAUGUGUUUACUGCUAUGACAAGGAUGGGUAAUGAAUCUCAGAACCCAUCGCGAAGCCCCUCGCCUGUUUCCACAACCACAGAGGCUACAGGUAGUGUAUAUAUUCAGAUUUAGGUAUCCACACCUAUUGACAUUUUGUACUCAUUUAGCCGUAUAUACUAACACUAGUUUUGAGUAAAAAAGCGCAUCUCUUAAUAGAUGAAUCACGAUCUAUAUACAAACGGAAAGAAAAAUUGUCAACUGUUUACCACCGAAACAAGCUGUGCCGUACUCGAAGGGAAAGAAGAUCAUAGAGUGAAAUUGUUACGCUUAAGGGUGUUAAACGCUAGCGAAAAUUUGUAGCAAAAAGUUUCGACUUGAAAAGCACAAAAGCUCUUAAUGAGUAAAUUUCUAAUGACAUCGGUUAUUCGCACGAAAUGAACCCCAAUUCAUUCAGUCGAUUUUGAGGCAUAAAAUGGAUCGCGAGACAUUUUAGGACGCUCAGUUUUAUUUGUCUAUGAUUUCUUGAAGGAGCACCGAUUUUUGUUUAAUUCCUUGGUUGUUUUUUCUUGCCACAACUUAGAGUGAAUGCAUUAUCAUUAAAUGUUUCGAUACAGAGUUUCAAGGUGUUUCAUUUCGUGGCUGUCGAGUUUGAAUAAUCUAUCAACCAAGAACCAUAUGCCGUUGAACUAGGCUGAUUAAAUGUGAAAGAAAAGAUAGCAGAGUUCAUAACAAGGGAGAUAAAAAGACUAAAUCAAAAUCUAAUCCAAUAAUUGAGGGAAAUAAGUCAUUACACAAAAUUUCAUGCUCCUAGGACUUGUGACAAGUUCGCGCUUUUCUUUAAAAUACUGCAAACUGCGCACAUGCAGAGUUUUCUAAUCCAACAAAACAAAACAUCUUUUUCAUUCGGGUAAAAAAGAUAUUAAGAGAGAGGGGAGCUGUAGUCACUGAUUAACUGAAAUCGCUAGCAUCUAAGCAGGCCAUAUGUUGAGUCUCUUUUCCUUUUCUUUGAAAAGAAAAAUAAUGUUUUUGUUUUUUCAGAGAUAAAGAAAGAAGUUUCCUCGCCAGUUCGAGAAAGUUGUCCUGAAUCCAUACCAGUCACGAAUUCGUUCACAGGUGAGAUUCAAGUUAUCAUUUCUCCUGAGAAAUACGCCAUUCUGAGGUUUAAAAAAAUUUCAAUCUAGCUUUGUAAUUGCUAAAGUUAAAAAGAAACAUUUUUAUGGAAACUGCGAGAGAGAUACUCUUAAAGACAGAUACAUUAAAAAUUACAUAAAAUUUUGUUUCAAAGUUAUAAGGUACCCGUUGUCACAAACACAUAAAUAUAUGAGGUGUUUCUCGAGGGACAUGGCAGGAGAAAACAUAACAUAUUUAUAGUGUUAAAAUGCAAACAAUUUUAAUCGUUUCGAAGGGAAAAAAUUGCUAGACGAGGGCGGAAAUAGGAACAUUUUGGAGGUAUCAUGUGAUUAUUGUUCUUUCAGAGUUUUAACUUAAAAGAAACCAUGUAUGAAAAAAUUAGCAUAGAUAAGAAACCUUUGCCAAAGAAUGCCGAACUUUAUAGUUUGUUUUCCCAUAACAACCACGAAAAAAGUGAAUAGAUACACUUUAAUUUCCUCCAUGCAACUGUUGUGGCAACAUUACAUCUAAAAAUAACAUUAAACUCUGUUCACGAAUAACUAAUUCUGGCAAUUGAAAUAAAUAAUAAAUAUAGAUUCGCAAAAACACGGUUAACCUACAAGAAAGACAUUAGAAAUUAACUGCUUUUUGGUUGAAAAAUUUUCACCGUUUUGUUUAAUUGUUUGUCUCUUGUAGAACACUACCAUCACCAAUUUCUUGGAAAUUCUCAUAAGGAGAUUCACGCUGAAUGUACUUGCUCGGCGUUUCGUCCAUUCCCUGGCGUUCUGCCUCAUCAUUUUCAAGGUACAACAAUUCACCAUUCUGAUAAUUUUUAUUUAAUUACCGAAAGAUCCUCAAAGAAUCACGUUUGUAUUCAAAUGCUAUGCGCACCCAAUUUCCCGUGAUGAAUAAAACAACCGUUUUUUUUUUAGGGAUUAUUAUUUGUAAGAAUGACGUUUUCCAGGAUGGCUCUGAUUAAAAGGAGGCUUCAAGAGACAAUCGAACUUUAGACUAGAACUAAAAAUUCAAAUAACAGGACAUUACUAGCGGCGAAUAUUGGCUUUAAAAGAUUUUUGGUUGAAGUUUUUGAUGAUAACGUUUCGCAAUGUGGCCUUGAUGAAUAAUGUUUUGACAUAAAAGUUGACAGUUGCAAAAAGAUUACGGUUAUCCAAAGCUCGAUAAGGAAUAAAUGCUUUCCUUUCCUGUAUCUUUGUAGUUUAAUUUUGAACAAGCCCUCAUUAAAAAUUUCUUAUCUUUCUUGCGGUAUCAUAUAGUGUUGACCAGCGAGGAAAAACCGCUAAAUUUUAAGUGAAUAACAUUUGAAAUUCAUGCAGGCAGAUGUCGCAAAACGUCGUUUUAUGCCUUUCGCGUUCAUUUCAAGCCACCCAUGUUUUCUCCCGCUGUGCCAACGAACGAAAAUUUCUUUUUCACCGUUUAAUUAGUGGAGGGAAACAAAAAUUUUCUUUUUGAGAUCCCGCCCGCAAGCAAAUUUGACCUUGUUUGGCAUAGCAAACUUAUUUUAACUUCAAACUGUAUUCAUUAGUUUUGGAAACAAGCAAUUCGUCUAAUUUCCUCUUACGCUAUUUUGUACUGUUCCCAGUAACAAAUUUGAAAAGACUUCGCUAUAACAUUAAAAAGCCCGAUUCAUUUGUAUCAACAUAACCAAAUGAACCAGUAUUUUCCUCCUUUGAUCAUUUUGCACGUUUAAAAGAUAUCAAAAUAUCAUUUUCCCUGAAUAAGGUGCUAAAAUAAAACAAAAUUCAAAGCUGUUUUAUUCUCAGGAAAAAUCUUUAAAAAAAAUCAUUUUAUUGUAGGUCAAAACGCGCUCAAUUGGAGAAAAUGGAUAGGCAAUUUCUCCAAAUCUUAGGGUCAUUUUUUUCUCCGACAAUCGUUGAUUUAGCUUUACCCUUCAACAAUGGCCCAAUUACAAAUUGAAAUAUUAACGACUUAAAGGAUAUCAUAGAAAUUCUAUACGUUAUGUUUUUUUACUUCUUUCAUGACAGAAUCGAGAAGACUGGCAUGUUUUCAUCCAAAAGUAGCAUUUUCAAUCUAUAUCGAUUAAACAUGUCAUUUGGCAAUGCUUAAAGUUUGAUGUCGUAAGGAAGGUAUUUCUAAAAUCUGCAUUUUACUAAGCACUGAAUAAGAAACACUUCGUUUGUGCUUUAGAAUACCCUUGCGCAAGUUUCAGAUAGUUUUGGUAACUUGAUCUAAAAAAGCCAUUUACUAAAAUCUCAAAAAAGCCUUGAUGCACACAUUUGUGUCUUUAGAAAUAAAUCUAUCGAACUUUUUUGACAAAAUGAAAUAUCGUUCGUUAAAAUUUAAUACUUUAUCGCUUUUGAUGGUAACGCCAGAACGUAGUAACUGUCGGUAAUAAAAGUUGUAUCAUUGCAUUUUAUAACAAAAUUUUUAAAUCAUUGUUUUGUUUUUGGUUACAGGAUUAAAAAGAAAACUACCAAAUGAAGUCGGCACCGAAGCCACUCUUUUAUACAAUCAGGCACCUCUUCUCGGAGAAGUCCAGGAAAAGAGGCGGCGAUUUUCUACGGAAUAUGAACCUGCGGACAAAUCGACGUUAUUACAUUUCCCCGGCCAGAGACGCCCGUCCGCUAUAGAACUUCUCAUACGUAUCUUCCCGAAAAUAAAAGUCAGCAUUUUGCAGCUUGUUCUUCAUUCCUGUGGUGGUGAUUUAGUUCAGGCCAUAGAGGAGGUAUUGACACGGUACAAAAGCGAAGCCACAAACGUUUUCAUGGGUGUGCCGAAUGGUUGGAAUAGACCCGUACAAGAACUGCGCGAAUUUCAUCACCCCGCUCUACGUGCGGAUGGUUUUAAAUUCGCGCGAGGGCCGGAGAGUUUCUUAGGGAGCCCGAAGUCUGCCUUUACUCCAAUUUCAACUCUCCCUAAAGCUCAUUUCAUAAACACUUCCUCAUCAAAUGUUCCGUUUGCUCAAGAGGCAGGUAGGAGUAAAGAAAACUUUCCAAUGUCAUUUCUCUUGGAUUCACGGAUAAGUUCUUCGCUCACACGCCCCGACCACACGGCAAUCAGUUUGCACAAAGCUAAGGACAGUGAGUCAAUAAGCGAUUCAGCAGAAGUCUUAAAGACGACAAGCGAGGCAAGGGAGGCUGCAAGUGCCAGAACAGAAAAAGAAAAUUAA